AUGGAAAUGACUCAAUACCCCAUUAUUGGUACAAACCAGUCUUUAGAGCAAUUAUGGUCUCAAGUGGAGGAGAAAUACAAUUUGACAAGAGAUAAAUAUUGGGUGGAACGUUCUGCUCGGUCUUUACAGUGCAGGAUGCAGACAAUAGAAAAGGCAGUGAAGAAAUUAAACGGAUGUAUUCGACAAGUGGAAAAUUUAAGUCCGAGUGGUGCAUCAAACGAAGAUAUUAUCAAUCGAGCAAAGAAAAUGCUUUUGGACGAUCCUAACUAUAAGAAAGGAUUCAAGUUUGAUCAUGUGUGGCACAUUGUGAGGAACUUUGAGAAGUUUAAAGAUAAUGUUAUUACAUCUAACCAAAUUAAUCGAAAGCAUGGAUUUGACUAUGUAUCAUCAUAA